GGUAAUUUGCGUUAAGUGGGUUGCACAUCCCCCUUGCAGAGUCCGCCGUAUGACUUCCCGGGUUGGUCCGCGGUAUAUAAGCAGGUUGGUGAUAGCCAACCUUCCCUUACAAGACCAUGACGAGGUAUUCAAGUCGCAGACUCUUUCCCCCUUCCACCUCCUGGAAAGCAUCUGUGUCAUUGCGGUUUCUAAAAGAAAGCACGGCCACCCCAAAAGAACGGCGGGAAGAGGGAAGUUGAGGCUCAUAGACUGGGGAGUGACCAUAUUUAACCAGCCCCGUGACGGGGGUGGAGAGGCGGACACAGGAACAUUCCUGAGAGACCUAAAGACGAAUAGGUGUUUUCAAAUAGCCCUACAGCAGCAUCACCAAUGUUUCUCUCUUUUGCUGCCCAUAGCCCCUACGACACCUCGACUAUACCCUCGCACCUAAUAGACUCGCGCAAGACCGAAUCGGACAGCUCAACAUCGCUAAUUAUGGCCAUAAUUGAAGGCAUAGAGGGGAAUCAGUAUCCUCAGGGCACCGAAGGGUACGACGGUGUCAAGAGCCAGUACGCCACAUCGACGUAUGAGGGGGCACACAAUCUCAACCCUGCCCUGAUUGUCCAGCCGAAGACGAAAGAGGACAUCGCGAAGGUGCUGAUGUACGCGAAGCGUAAGAAGAUCGCCGUGGCAAUCAGGACGGGUGGUCACCAAUACGACGGGGCUUCCUCUACGGGGGCCCCCAACAUCCAGCUCGACCUAAGGCACACAUUCCGGAGUCCGGGGGAUCGGGCUGUCUUCGAAAGGGAUGGCAAAACGUAUGCCCGCACCAGCGUCAGCUGGAAUCUGGGCGAGUUUAACGAUUGGUUGACGGAGAAUAACGUAUUUGUGCCACAUGGGCAGUGCGUCAGUGUCAAUCUUGGUGGACACGUGCAAACUGGAGGUAAGAUAUACCUCUCUUCGAUCACCUCUGCCUCUCCUCUAUCCCUCUAUAGCUGUCUCUGGAGCUCUCAUGACCGUUUCAGAAGGGGGCAGAGUGACAAGGUGGGAGACGGCGCGCGUUUCGGGCAGAUGAUCCGUUCUUUCGGCUUGCUUGGAGAUCAUGUGUCGUCUCUCGAAAUCGUCGACGCCAAGGGUCGCUCCCAAGAGAUCACCAAGGAGACAGACCCCGACCUCUACUGGGCAUUCCUCGGCGGCAGUCCCGGUAACCUCGGCGUCCUGACCCAUUUGACAAUCCAGACUUAUCGUAACCAGGACCACAGAGGGUCGAGGGGGUUGAAGGCGCUGUACUUCUACCGUGCGGAGACGCUCAAGCGUCUCAUGGACAUCGUAGUUGAGAUGUCGGACGAUGAAGACUUCCCCCGGAACUACGACCUCUGCGUCAAUGUGCUGAGCUCGGACUCCCGAAUCCUUAGCUCGACCCCCGGACUGGAAACAUGGGCGGCGCGGGAGCACCGAGAGCUUUACGGGCAGGAUGGGAGACUCGUCUGGCCUAGAGCCAUCGUCUUGUACGCGCAAUGGAUCCCCGCCGAAACCGGCGACGUAUGCGACAUGGCUUGGUUCGAUCAGAUGAAAGAGGGCGCCGACUCGAUCCUCGUCGACCCGGCCUUCGAGAGGCCCGCGUCGCAGUUGAUGGGCGAGUGGAUCCUCCGCAGCGAGCGCGAGUUUGAUCAUCCCUACAUCAAGCGGACGUACUCGACGCGGUCCCGGACCCUUGGCCGGGACGGGUGGGCCAGCUGGUUCGUCGGGCGCAUCGACAACAUGAUCCGCGAAGAAAACAACGGCUGUUGGGUGGUGGGCCAGGCGCAAUGUGUCGGGGGCAAGAAUUCGAUGCUCGCGCGGAACGCGGACAACGGCACCUCGUACAACUGGCGCGACACGGCGAUGUGCUGCAACAUGGACUGCUUUCACACGGACGAGGCCGAGGGCCGCGCUAAGGACUGGCAGAAGAUCAACGACAUUCAGGCCAUAGGACACAACGGCAUCUUCUCCAAGGAGGACCGCCGUCAGCUGUGGGGGUCGUACGGCAACUGGGAUCUGGAUGCCAUGUGGAAUUGCUACUACGACGACCGUGCCAAGUACGAGAAGCUCCAGCGGAUCAGGCGGGCUGUCGACCCUGACGGAACUCUGACGCCGAACCCCUUCGCCGUGAAGAGGGCGGACUGGUCCCUCGGCUACCUGAUAUCGAGACUGGUGAAGUUCUGGAAGAGGAUCAUUGGCGGACCCGCUUAGACUAAGGAGGGCGGAUGGCAAGCAGGCAUGGUACCUACCUAUAUCGUAGUUGGUUCUCAGCAGUUGAGCACGCGUCUGGCGCACUCCUGAAAGACUCGCGACGGCGUGUGUCCAUUAUCACCUAUCCUAUAGCAGCUUAGACCUUAGAAAUACAUCUCGACCCUCGUGUCACGUUCAUUAAUU